AUGGAAAAUCAAGAUGGAAUUUUAUUUACUACAGUUUACCAAAAACCAUCUUAUGAGCCUUAUUAUUUGCCAUUCAGUAGCAUUCAUCCAUUACAUAUGAAAAAUAAUAUACCUUUUACGAUGUUACUUCGGGCAAUUCGAUAUUGUUCUACAUAUCAAACAUAUUUGGAUGAACGUGAAAAAUUACAUAUGACUUUAUUGUUUAAUAAAUAUCCGAAUAAAUUAAUUGAAGAACAGUUUAAUAAUGUUCUUUUGAAAUGUGAUAUUGACCAGCCAUUAACAAUUUGGAAUUAUGAUAGAUAUCGACAAAAAGUAAUAGAUUCACCCAUGAAAGAAAAAGUUGAUAUUGAUUAUGAAUCAUUUAUGUUUGUACAUUUUACAUACUGUUCUAGUAUGAAAACUUUUCCUGCUAAGUUCCAUGAACUUUGGAAUAAAUAUUUUGGGGAAUCUCCUAUUAAUGAAGUUAGACCUAUUCUUGGCACUCGAAAUGUGAAAAAUUUACAACGAUGUCUAGCUUUGACUAUGUAA